GAGUCAGUCAAGCGUGACCAAUUAAUUGUAUAAUUACAUGGGAAACCGUCUGAUAUCUUACAACGCAGGACAACAUGGCAACCAGUACCAUUGUUUUGUUUAUCACGGUGUUGGUGUCUAUAUGUCACCAAAUAGCUGGCCAAUAUGGAAAUGAACCAUUUCCCCCAACGGGUCGCUAUAGAGACCCAACCGUCCUCAAAUACUUCCAUCGGAUUUGUCAGGAAGCAAGAUGCGGUUUUGAGCAGGUGUGCGAACGUUCGAGAUUCCAGGGUUCACCAAGGCUGUACACCUGUGUGCAAACUCCUGGUGGAUCUAUGAAGCAAGGAGACUGUCCUCAUCGAAAUUUCAUUCAAGGUACACAGAUAGAAUGUAACACCGAUUACGGUUGCCGCCGCUUUAGUGAUAUAUGUUGUCAUGGAGUCGGAACCAGUCGCUGUAUGCGUCCCAGACGGAGUGGCUCUAAUAAUAAUAAUAAUAGAGGAUACUAGAUGAUGUACACAUCCGAGCCACAGAAUGUAACAUAACCAGAAUCUGACAGUCCAUGAAUUUCAUACCUUGUAUAACAUAUAACUGUGAUAUGCAAUUUCAUCAUACGUUUACAAACAGUUGUAAUUAAAUAUGACAUCUGUAUAAAGAGGUGUUAUGGUUUCA